GUAUCACAGGUAUCACAGGUAUCACAGGUCACCCCAAGCUCCCGGUACUCGAAAAACCGCCAGAAAAGCGCUCCAAAGACCCGAGUUUGUCCGACAAAGAACGGGAGGCCGCACUAUUCUUCACGGUGGCCGAAAAGCAUGUUCAGGACGAACAGGCGGAAGACGCCUUGAAACAUAGCGAUGAGGCGCUAGAGCGUUUCCGUCAGUUGGGCGAUGAGACGGGCAUUGCGGAUACCAUUCGCAUCAAGAUCCACGUCCUUUGCUUCAAGGACAGAAGAAAAGAGGCCAACCAAAUGGCCAAAGAGGAGUUGUCGCGCAUCCGAAACCAGAAGGAUCGCACAGCAGAGGCCAAGAUGCUGUUGUCUCUGGCGGAAGUGAACACUGAACGCCGCGGCUACAAAAAUCGCGAAGAAGCACGGCUCUGGGCCAAUGAGGCCCUAGGCAUGUUUCGCAAAGCCGGCGACAAAAAGAUGGAGGCCUAUACGUUGAUCUGCUUGCUGAACAUCAACAUGAAGUGGAGAGGAGAUAAGAAGAUCAGUUGCCAAGAUGGUCUGGACUGCGCGUUGGCGGCGCGCAGCAUCUUCAAAGCCAUUGGUGAUAGGA